UACUUUGAACUAUCUGAGAUUUGUUUGCUAGAUGAGUUGCUUUGUAGUGAUUUUGAUCGACAUAUUUCCAUAUUCAUCUAAGAUCAUCAACAGAUCAGUGUUUUAAGCUGCCAACAAAAUGAUUUCCUUCAUCGUAUUCCUCUUGGUUCUGCCCAGAUUGAUGAUAUUCAAUGGUGCAUUAACCGUCGAUGACGGUACUUGUCCCAUGCUAACGCAAAUCUCAUGUCCUUCAAUGCGAGCGCCAGAUUCUGAUGACGUCAUCCAAAUGGUGCCUAAACGACUACCAAGUGAUCAUCAGUUGGCAGAUCGUCCCGAGAUGAAAGGAAUUGAUCUGAAUCUGAUAUGCUCUGAACCAGACUGUUUGAGCAACCCCUGUCUUCACGGAGGAACCUGUAUGGAAACCUAUGACGGAUAUGAAUGUCAUUGCUUACAUUGCAACACCGGUAUUCAAUGCCAAGACAAGUUGCCAAACGACUGCUCAGAAAUAUACGAUGCAGGUGGGAGUACGGAUGGAACAUACAGAAUUUGCCUUGAUUCUGGCACUGUACAGGAAGAACCUAUUGAUGUCUAUUGCAAAUUUUAUAAUGGUGAUGGGUGGUUGGUAAUUCAACGACGUCAGGAUGGUAGUGUAAACUUCUAUCGAGACUGGGCUAAUUACAAGAAUGGCUUUGGUGAUUUGAAGAACGAAUUCUGGCUUGGUAAUGAUAUCAUCCAUCGCAUAACAUACCAGGGAUUGUAUAGACUUCGUAUACAGAUGACCGACUUGGAAGGGAAUUUGUGGACAGCUGUCUAUGACAACUUUCGUGUGGCCGACGAGAGUGACGGAUAUCGCCUGAACGUACAAUACAUAUCCGGCACUAUAGAUGAUGCAUUGGAAAAUUUUCACAAUGAUUUACAAUUCUCCACCCGAGACCGUGAUAAUGAUGCGCAUCAAUCUGGAAACUGUGCCGUGGCAUACCAUGGAGGGUGGUGGUACAGGGCGUGUCACCGUUCCAACUUGAACGGACGCUGGGCGGUUCCUAAUACCACAGGCAUGGCAUGGUGUAAAGACGAUGGAAUCUUUUUGCAUAUGAAUUUCUCCAUCAUGGAAAUGAGAAAUAUGAACUAGGUAGUCAAUAAAUGUGAAGAAGAUAAUG